AGAUAUAGUGUAACCACCAUAUAUCCAUCCAAAUCCCAACCAAAGGCCAUAUCCCACAAUUCCCAAAACCAAGAAACAUUACAUUAGUAUCAACAAUCAAAUUUUUAAAUCAAGAACACAACUCAUUUCCUUUCAUUCUGCUUCCUCAUUCCUCUCCCCUAUACCAAAUCUUCUGCUUCAUUUCCUUCUGUAUUUCUUUACGUUCCACCAUACCCUUCAGUAACAAUUUAACAUAUACUAGCUGGUUGAAGAGAAACUACUUGCUGAUACAACUCUUCCAUAUAUUUACUGGAGGUUACAAGAUUUACAAGAUCCAAAAUCAAGAUUGGUUCAAGUCAAAGAAUUACAAGCAUCAAACACAAAAUUGUCCAGAUUAAUCUUAAUUCGCACCGUGUAGGACGUAGGUUCACACCCUAACAGGAAUUUCUCCAACAAAAGAAUUUUUUUUAGUUCGGAACCCGAGGCCUCUAGUUAAGAGUCUAGCAUGCACAUGGAAUCAUCUGAAGCUAAAUUGAGGUCAUCCAACGGCUUUAUUAAUUUGGAACAUAAGUAUUUGAGCAACAUUAUGGAUUUGAAAAGAGUAAACAAGUCUGAUGGUGUCCAAAGAAAGAAUGUACAAGGAAAGAAGAUGGAUUCAUUCAAACAAGAGAAUAGCAAAAGAAUGUUAUCCAUGAGCUAUUUCAGCUUAGAGUCAGUGCUUCUGCUCCUUUGUCUAACAGCAUCUUUGCUACUUCUGCCAUUGAUUCUUCCACCAUUGCCACCACCACCUUUCAUGUUGCUGUUUGUCCCCAUUUUCAUACUGCUUCUUCUCAUCAUCUUAGCAUUCAUGCCUAAUUCUCAUGUGAGACAAUCAUAUUUGUAAUGUUGCUUAGAAGAAAUCAUCAUCACAUCACAUAUAGCUCUCUUGUUUUCUUAUAGUGAUAAUUCAUUUUUUCAUCUUCUUACAAAGUAAUUUAGACUAGUUUAUUUACAUUCUAGUUUGUAGUUCCUCAAUAGUGUUGAGGUUAAUUUGUGGCAGUGUAAAAGAAGAUGUAAUAGAAAAUCAUCAAGUUCUCAAACGAUGGAUAAAGAUUAUUUCUCCAAUA